AUGAGAGAGAUCUGGGACCAGGCGAGUAAAGGCAUAAAGACAGCACAGGAACAGAUGAAGAGGCAGACUGACAAGCACCAUCGAGAGCCUGACUUUGCAGUAGGAGAUUUUGUUUAUCUAACAUUGAAAUCAUACAAGAUGGAUCGACCAAGCCGUAAACUGGCAGAGCAGAAUGCCGGCCCCUUCAGAAUCCUGGAAAAGGUGGGCAAUGCCUACAAACUGGACCUCCCCAUAACAAUGAAAAUUCAUUCAAUCUUCUCCCCAGACAAGCUACGCAAGGACUCCAGAGACCCUCUACCUGGCCAGACUAUCAGACCACCAGACCCAAUUGAAAUAGAUGGUGAGAAUGAAUGGGAAAUAGAUCGUAUACUGGCCAGUAGAAUAAGCCGGAGCAAGCUGCAGUAUCGGGUGCGCUGGAAGGGGUUUGAUGAGGAUUCUUCAUGGUACCCCGCUCGCGACUUCAAAGGAUCACCACACGCCAUACGCGACUUCCAUGAGGCUAACCCUACAAAAGCUGGACCCCCAAGGCGACUAGAUGAGUGGCUGAAGGCAUGGGAGACAGACAGCUACCUGAAGGACGAGGUUGAUGACGACCUACCGGCAUGA